AUGCCUUCCAAGUGGGACCAGAAAUCUAUGAGCACAAACAAGGCGCUUCGGGCCGAGUUUGAAUCUGCGACCAUGACUUCGCCGUACAAUCGUAGACCGUAUAUGACUACCUUGAAACAGCUCCCAUGGAAGACGAACGCGGUCACAUCCCUUGGAUCUCUCUUUAAUUGGUUUAACAAUGGUCAACCGCAGCCCGGAACCAUGUUGCAGGACCCCGGGCCUUCACCUCGCAAGGCGAGUAUCAUUCUCUUGAUGCUUACCAUGACCCUGAUAGCAGUUCAAGAUGAUUGCAGUCGUGGCUACAGUCCCGUCCUCCAGUAUACCAUCCCUUUCGACCUUCCUGCUGGCGUUCUUCAGCGCACCAGUAAUGAGCUGCUAGUAUGGACAGCACUAGGCCUGAGCACCACUAUCCCCACUACCCUCCGUCAUGUUGUUCAAAAUCUGUCAACGAUCACGUUUAACCAAUUGGUGCGCGUUUUCAUGGAGCAUCAGCUGUUCGAUGUCAUGGUGUACGCCAUCCAUGGUCGACGUGAUGGGCCAUCGAGUUUUCCGGAUAUUCCGUGGCUGCGUGCACUUUCGCAUGAACCAGGUUUGGCCUUGCUCUAUAAACGCUUUUUGGACGACUGGCCUAAACACCUUGACCUCACGUUCUCAAAGCAACCGGUGCGCUCAGCCCUGAGCAGUACCCAAAUCAUUUCACAUCAGCAAACGAACAGCAACGGCCUCUUGUUCUCGCUUUCUAACGAGAUACGCCUUCUUGCGAACUGUGUCGCACUCGAGCCAGGGGCCUCUCGCUCAAGCGCCAUCAUAAACCUCCAACUGGCUGCCUUUGCGAUGUCACUUUUGUCACACACAUCUAUCUCCUCUCCGCUUCCAAGGGGACAACAGUACGCUGAGCAUAUCAAGCAACGAUACAAUGCCAACAAUUUGACCCUCGACGAUGAUUCCAUCCCGCAGAAUUGUUUCAAGGAUAACAGCAUGUACAUGCCCCUUGCCCUGGCGUUAAGUAUCUCUCCUAUCUUCUUGUUGUCCGACGCGUCAACCUCGUAUAAGAGCAAGGCUGCGCUUCCACACAUAUUUGCGCUUGGUGCUGCGCUCGGAAAUAUGGAUAAACCGCGGCUUAUUCUCGACAUGGAGGACCGUAUCUGGAGUGCUGUUAUCCAGAUCCUCUUUGGAUCAAGUCCCGAAGCUCAGCUCGACGACCUGCGCAUAUUCUGGUGCACACCCGAAUCCAUACGACAAAGAGGAGAAGAUGAACAUACUUUACGCGCAUGGUUCUCUCCACUCUCUUCGGAGCUAGGCUCCAACAAUGAUCACGUUCCAGCGGGACGCAACUCGGAAUCGGCUGUAAAACAGCCUCAAACCGCACCUGACGACCCGGUCCCAUAUCCUGCAGGCCCAGCGAAAGACACGGGCGAACUCAAAGCGCCUUCCACGGCAUGCUUUGGAAGCGACAAUGCCCCUGUUCUACCCUCUGGACCUCGGAUAACUGGCUAUAAUUCUGUCGAGAUCUUGGCCUUCUCUCCACCAUCUCCGGGAUCAGUGCAACCAAGUGCUGACACAGCACAUGAGGAACAAUCAACAGACGCAACUCCCUUAUCAAAGAUGCAUCAACCGGUCAAGUUUGACAAAGGGGACGCAGAUGCAGAGGAACAAACCGUCCAUCCACGGAGCGAGGCGGACCAAGGGCGUGAUGCUAUGCAGGAGGUGGCAGUGCCAUUGGUUCACUUUGAACAACCUAGAGGACAAGGCCAGGCGGACAAAAACUGUGUACUCUCGGGUGACGUCCCCAGUAACGACAAUGCCCAACCCCCUGAUGAUACCUGCGACGAUUAUGCACAGCUCGGCGUUCGCCUGGACUUGAUGUAUGUGGACGAACAUGGAGCUGAAGACGCUAUUAUGCAACACGCGCUACCUUCUACCACGUCUGGGCCGAGUAAUUCAGGAAAGCACCAGAAUAAUAGACGUAGGAAGAGGUUGCACACCGGUAUCGCCGAAAGUCAUGGUAACGUACGCGAGGUAAACACCCUCUCCGACCUGGAUGAUCGCCUCGAGAACGCGCUCCCUGUCUGGGACAGUGGUGUGGAUGAUCCAUCCAGGAAGUUACAUACCUUUGUGUCCACGAAAGCCUCGGACUUCGCACUUUACUCGGAUAUUGUCGCUGCACAGUUCAACGGUGACAUGGCCACUUGUCGGCCGGAGUUUGCUGGAGAAAGCCCCAAGCCUCUUCACCUACACACUAGCGCCUCCUCCGAGACGUACAGAUACGGAGAUAUUAGCCAGUCCUCCAUAUACAGGGUGCACCAUGAACAAUUUCGUUCCAUGAUUAAGAAUGAGCCGAAGAUCAUCCAAGCUAUCUUUGCUGAACGUCAUAUCUUGGUAUAUGGCUGCAAAACCGAUUACGAAUGGUCUUGGUGCAGUCGUUCACUGCAGCGUCUUGGACUCUUAAAACGUCCCAUCAAGGUGCAAGAUAUGGAGUUUCGCGAAUUGAACGACCAAGACGACGAGUUUGCCACGGAAGAUAAAUGGACACUCGCCGAUAUCCUCGCUACCGCACCAAGCACAGAUGCCGCCGACCCGCCCGCCACAUUGCUACAUAAGCGAUUGGACGCGUUCAAUAUUCCCAGAGGCCGCUCGGAGCUCGAGCACAUUUUGGGUUGGAGGACGCUGGCUCACGACAUUGAUACGAUGGAGUUUUAUGACGCCAAGUGGUCUGACGGGCACGACUACAAGCCUACUAGUCACCUUUCGCGGGCCACUGUGUGCUCAGCAGGCGUCAUCUCCCGGAUCGGUAUCCACUCCGAAGGACUCGCAUCGGCCAUCUACGUACUUGACGGAGAGAAGUACGUAGUCGUAGCCGAACCACUCCCUCAGUUUGCCUCAGCCCUCGCUCUGGACAGAGUGUCUGCAUUCUCUCAGUUUAAGGAUCAUGCCCUUGAUAGACGCUUCCGGUGGGAAGGAGCCAUGCUCACGAAAGGAACCAUUCUGUUCAUGCGCCCGUGCACACUUCACUGUGGAAUCACGUUGAGCCCCACAAUCACAUACGAGAGAAAUUUCUACUCCUCGACCACGUUGGAUAGGAGCGUCUUUGGCGCAAUCCAUUCGCUUGUCGGCAAUUUAUGCAUCGUCAAGAAUACAUCGGGAGCAGCCCUUCACUGCCUAAUCAGCUUUAUGGAUCAAUUUUUGGAUCAGUCUUCCGAUAGCGGAUCUGAGUAUAUGUCAUGUCCCAAGGAUGAUGAGUUCUAUAUCAUGCUCGGCGCGGUUGCGGUCUUCGCCUACAGCCUUCGUGCUGACACGUAUCAAGAUCAACGCGGAAACUUCUACUCACUUCCUGCCGCCCGUGAUGCGGAAGGUCGUCUAUCACGCGGCGAAAGGAGAUGCAUUCAGAUCGCUCGCAUGGCAUUCAUUCGGUACAUACUUAUGAAUGUAGCCGCCAAAAGAUCGUCCUUUGCAGGAGCCAACAACGAGGGUUCUGUAGUUCUGGAGGACGGAGGAGUUGAGGGCCUACAACGACCGGUCUACAACUCAAGGUUGGCACCGCAGUGGGUCCCGGAGUGUUAUAGGGUGGUGUUCUGCGCACUAGCGCACUUUGCCUGUGCGGUCGUGACUGCUCAUAUCAGGAUAGGCAGGAGUACUAGCUCAAAGCAGAUUCCUAGCGAGUACCUCAUCGAGUGUCUCGCCGAUGACUUUCAUGAUUUUCUUGGGGAACGGGCGUACGACCAUAUUAGGAUGCAGCUCCACCAUAUUACGCGUGUCAUGUGCCAGACUGACGGAGAUGAUGGAAAACAUGACCUCGACGACCUCGACGAGGACCAGGACCUCGACCUUCGCUGUUUCGCACUCGCCGGCAUCCAACACACGCCCUCGUCUGAGGACUUAGAUACAUGGGAUCCGCCUCCAUUCGAGGAGCAAUACGAUAAGGCGGCGGAAGACGAUAUCGGGAAACUUUCCCUGUUCUUGGAUGAACGAGAGGGGCACCAGAUGGACUCGCGAUGCGCUUUCGACAGCUUACGUAGAGGUGUAUGGUCCUCUGUAAAAGAGAGCCACAUAAGCCUCCCGAAGAGUUAG